AUGGCCGCCAUGGACUCGGACAUCGAGAAGAAGCCAGUCACUACCGUGGAGCCAUCUGAAAGCCCCCAUCCAGGCGAAGAUGAUUUGGAGGUCGGUAAAAUCAACCCGCUGAAGCGGAAUCUGAAGAACCGCCAUAUGCAGAUGAUCGCUGUUGGCGGCGCUAUUGGUGCUGGCCUUUUUGUUAGUACGGGGUCUGCGCUCCGCACUGGAGGGCCUGGUGCUUUGUUGAUAUGCUACUUGGUUGUUGGAGGAAUGCUUCUUCUUACGAUUCAAGCUCUGGGCGAGUUGGCGGUGUUAUAUCCCGUGAAUGGAGCCUUUUUCACAUAUUGUGUCCGGUUCAUUAGUCCAGCCUGGGGAUUUGCGGUCGGCUGGGACUACGCCAUUCAAUGGCUCAUUAUUCUUCCCUUCGAACUUACGGCCGCAAGUUUAACAAUUAAAUACUGGAGUGAAACUUUAAACAGUGGAAUUUGGAUCGCUGUGUUUCUAGUCGUCCUAACUUCGAUCCAAUUCUUUGGAGUUCGAGGCUACGGAGAAGUCGAAUUUGUGCUCGGAGCGAUCAAGGUCACUGCUGUCAUUGGCUUUAUUAUACUUGGAAUUGUGAUCGAUUGCGGUGGAGCCCCAAACGGAGGUUACAUUGGAGCUCGCUAUUGGAGCGAUCCUGGUGCAUUCACAGACUUCAAGGGAUUCUGUUCUGUCUUUGUGACAGCAGCCUUUGCCUUUGGUGGCACAGAAAUGGCUGGUCUUGCUGCUGCAGAGGCCACAAACCCUGCCAAGUCUAUCCCCAAAGCAUCCAAGCAGGUCUUCUGGCGCAUCAUGAUCUUCUACGUCCUGGGGACCUUUAUCGUUGGCUUGAUUGUGCCUUCCAACGCCGAAUGGCUUCUCGGCGCGUCUGGUGCCAAUACCAAGGCAUCUCCAUUUGUCGUAUCAAUCCAGAAUGCCGGUAUCUCCGGACUGCCAUCUGUCAUGAAUGCAAUCAUCACUAUCUCGGUCAUUAGCGUGGCCAACUCCGCGACGUAUGCCUCCAGCCGCACUAUCCAGGCUCUGGCUUCACGAGGAAUGGCACCGCGAAUCAUGGCAUAUAUCGACAAGGGAGGUCGUCCUCUUUACUGCAUUAUUCUGCAAAUUAUUUUUGGUCUCCUGGCCUUCGUCAAUGAGGCACCGUCUGGAAGCACUAUCUUUGACUGGCUUCUUGCCUUGUCGGGUAUUUCUGACUUCUUCGUCUGGGGAAGCAUCUGCCUUGCCCAUAUCCGUUUCCGUUCCGCCUGGGCCCAUAACGGGCACACCGUAAAGGAGCUUACCUAUGCUGCUCCCUUUGGUGUGAUUGGGAGUUAUAUUGGUCUAAGUCUUAAUGUCUUGUGCCUCAUCGCAGAAUUUUAUGUCUCUGUGGCUUCAAAGAAUGCGGAGACAUUUUUCAUGAACUAUCUUGCUGGGCCACUUGUCAUACUGCUUUUCGUCGGCUGGCUUGUGUACACCAAGUUGAAUAAAGAUCCGCGUCUCGAUCGUGGAGGGUGGUUCAUCCCAAUUGAGAAGAUGGACAUCAACAGCUUUAUCAGGGACUCCACUCUCGAUGUGGACCUUCCACCAAGAGUCGAAUAUCCCACUUGGAGUUCUUGGUUCAAAGCUGCUCCUAUGCGUAUAGUUCGCUCAAUCAUUUGA